CCGAUAUCCAGAAACAAUGAACAAUUGACUUUUUAACUGCUCUCAGCACACACGCCUCAACAUAUCUGAUUAAAAAUGAAAUCGAAUAGUGAGAGAAACGUUAUCCAUGCCAUUGUACUUGGUGACGAUAUGGUUGGAAAAACUUGUAUGGCUCAUACCAAACUGAAUUAUAAAUUCAACGAGGAUUACAUACCGACUAUUUUUGAAAAUUUUGAAAUUAAACACAAAGUUGGCGAUGAAGAUUUCACCAUUAGUUUAUUCGAUACAGCCGGAUUACAACAUCAUAGAAAUCUCCGAUCAUUUGUAUAUGGACGAUGCCAAGUUAUAAUCAUGUGUUAUUCAGUCUGUGAUAAGGAUUCGUAUCAAAACGUUGUGGACUAUUGGAUGCCUGAAGUGAUAGCUGAAACCAGAGGACUUAAACCUAUCAUAUUAGUCGGAAUGCAAGCUGAUACUAGAGGAAUAGUUUUCCCUGAGUUGGAGGUCGAUCAGGAGUUAGGACAUAAACUUGCCAAGCAAAUAGGAGCAGAUAACUAUUUAGAGUGUUCAGCCUUAACGAAGGAGGGUGUUAAUUCGGUGUUCAAUAACGUUGUGUAUUCAGCAUUGAAAAUCAGAAAGAAAGGAUCGUUUCUGAAACGUAUUUUUGGACGGUGAACAAUUAACCAAGAAUUCCAUUCAAUAAACAGCUCUCCCAGAGAAAGGUCCCAAGGAUACCAUCCUGGUGUAACUAAUGUUCUGACCAGAAAACUGUCAUCGUCAUCAAGUUGGAUACGAUGAUGUCGUAAGCAAGUCCCUUAUAUAAAUGAUGAAUUUGAAGAUGCAGGUCUAUUUGAAAGCGUACUGAUAAUGAUGGUCUUAUUUUGAUGAAUUGAUAAUAUAAUGAAAUAGAACUGUUCUUAAAAGAGGAUGGAAAACUCUAGUCCAGUGACGUGCCAGCUGUAUUUCUAGUCACAUAUUUGUCUCAUUUUAAGUAUUAAUGCUCAUUUUCUACGUUGCGUCCGCCAUUCCAUAAUUUUUAUUUUGUUAUAUUUUCAUGUUUAUUGUCAUCACGUAAUGUAACUUCCGCCAACGACAUUUAUGUACGUCUGGUGGUUGUAAACAAGAAUAGUUUACUGUAUCUAAGAAGGUGUGUUCAGUGACAACUGGAUGUAUGCAUUUCUCAAGUUAUUUGCAUGGUCCACUUUGUUAAAUAGUAGACUGUCCUUAUCCUGGACGUGCAUAAAUACCGUUGACCUAUUAUCUUGCUAUUGCUAUAUUGUGAUAUAUUUUUAAUGUAAUGGAGUUUUGAAAUAUAAAUUGUCUUUCAAUGUUUUGUGAUAAUAAAUGAUAAUUUGUAAUGAUAUGUAAUUGUGAUAGAAUGUAAUGGCGAUGUAAUUUAUUAAUGUAUAUGUAAUUGUUGAUACGUGCAAUAUGUAUUUCCGGUUGUUAUUAUAUUUUGUUAUAUUUUUUUUCAGGAAAAUAGUGCUUUUAUAUUUGUAAUAAAAUUGUUGGUUCUUUAAUAAAUGUUUUUUUUCAUUA